CUCCUGUGGUGUGCCUCACAGUCACUUGCCUGUCUGACCGCAAGUCUGUCCAUCCCUGGGGCAGCUAAUUGGCCUCAGUCCCUGCUCCAGCAGGGCCCUGUCUCUGUCUGGCUGCCCCAGCCCUGCUGUCUCCCUCUGUGUAGGCUCUGUCCAGAUGACCGGCUGGUCCUCAGCUUCAAGACAAUCUCAGUGGUGACUCACCGAGAUUCUGGACUUCCACCAGACUGAAAUCCUGCCUACCUUCUCAAACCCACACCUCCCACCACCACUCUGAAUUCUGCUGUGACUCCCAUCCUGGGAGGCCAUCCAAUUGCCCCAACCUGAAGAAUGGCUUUCUGAAGAAGACCCUGAAGAAGUAGGGAACACUGGGACAAGCCAGGCCUCAUCUGUGGACCAUGCAGAGGGGCUGCGGUUCAGGGAGCACGCUGUGAGGAUUGCCAACUCAGGCCAGGAGAGCAGCUGAUGUCUGCCUGUGACCUGUGCAGAGCUGAGGUUUGGGACACAGCAUGCCACGGGGCCUGGCUGCUCCCUUACUCCUACUGAUUCUCCAUGGAGGUUGGAGCUGCCUGGACCUCACCUGCUACACUGACUACCUCUGGACCAUCACCUGUGUCCUGGAGACAUGGAGCCCCAACCCUAGCAUACUCAGUCUCACCUGGCAAGAUGAAUACGAGGAACUUCAGGACAAAGAAACAUCCUGCAGCCUGCACGCGUCUGGCCACAACACCACACAUAUGUGGUACACGUGCCAUAUGCGCUUGUCUCAAUUCAUGUCUGAUGACGUUUUCACUGUCAACAUGAUGGACCAGUCUAGCAACAGCUCCCAAGAGUGUGGCAGCUUUGUCCUGGCUGAGAGCAUCAAGCCAGCUCCCCCCUUGAAUGUGACUGUGACCUUCUCAGGACGAUAUGAUAUCUCCUGGGACUCAAUUUAUGAAGAACCCUCCAACUACGUGCUGAGGGGCAAGCUACAAUAUGAGCUGCAGUAUCGGAACCUCAGAGACCCCUAUGCUGUGAGGCCGGUGACCAAGCUGAUCUCAGUGGACUCGAGAAACAUCUCUCUUCUCCCUCAAGAGUUCCAGAAAGAUUCUAGCUACCAGCUGCAGGUGCGGGCAGCACCUCAGCCAGGCACUUCAUUCAGGGGGACCUGGAGUGAGUGGAGUGACCCCAUCAUCUUUCAGACCCAGGCUGAGGAGCCCGAGGCAGGCUGGGACCCUCACGUACUGCUGCUCCUGGCUGUCUUGAUCCUUGUUCUGGUUUUCAUGGGUCUGAAGAACCAUCUGCCUUGGAGGCUAUGCAAGAAGAUAUGGGCACCGGUGCCCACCCCCGAGAGUUUCUUCCAGCCCCUGUACAGGGAGCACAGCGGGAACUUCAAGAAAUGGGUUAAUACCCCUUUCACGGCCUCCAGCGUGGAGCUGGGGCCACAGAGUCCCACAACAUCAGUUUUACAUCUGUCAUUGUAUCCAGCCAAGGGGAAGAAGUUCCUGGGGCCGCUGGGUCUGGAAGAACAGCUGGAGUGUGAUGGAAUGUCUGGACCUGGUCACAAGUGCCAAGGGGUCUCAGCCUACAGUGAGGAGAGAGACCGGCCAUAUGGUCUGGUGUCCAUUGACACAGUGACCGUGGGGGAUGCAGAGGGCCUGGGUGCUUGGCCCUUUAGCUGUGAAGAUGAUGGCUACCCAGCCCUGAACCUGGAUGCUGUCCGAGAGUCUGGCCCUAACGGAGAGGACCUGCUCUUGGUCACAGACCCUGCUUUUCUGUCUUGUGGCUGUGUCUCAGGGAGUGGACUCAGGCUAGGAGGCUCCCCAGGCAGCCUACUGGACAGGUUGAGGCUGUCAUUUGCCAAGGAAGGGGACUGGACAGCAGGCCCACCCUGGAGAACUGGGUCCCUAGAAGGAGGCUCUGAGAGUGAAGCAGGUUCACCCCCUGGUCUGGACAUGGACACAUUUGACAGCGGCUUUGCAGGUUCAGACUGCGGCAGCCCUGUGGAGACUGAUGAAGGACCCCCUCGAAGCUAUCUCCGCCAGUGGGUGGUCAGGACUCCUCCACCUGUGGACAGUGGAGCCCAGAACAGCUAGCAUUUAAUAGCCAGCUUAAUGAGAAGAGACCAGAAGCCUGUGACCUCUUGGUAGGCUUCUGAGCUGACAUUUACAGUGUGAAUGUGUAGGAGUGUGUGUGUGUGUGUGUGUGUGUGUGUGUGUGUGUGUGUGUGUGUGUGUGUGUGUGUGUGUGGCUUGAGUGUUAUUAGCACAUCCGUGUUGAGGUUUGGUCGGUUGCUAUGUAUUGUAAUGCUAAAUUCUGUACCCAAAGUUCUAGGCUUACGAGUGAAUUCUCAUGUUUACAAACUGGUUGUGUAAACCUUGUUCCUUAAUUUAAUACUAUUGGUUAAAUAAAAUUGACUACAACCAA